AUGAAAAAACAUAAGAAAAGAGACCGGUCAUCAAGUAGUGAUGACGAGCUAUCGAAAAAAGAAUUACUAAGAAGAAUUCAUAAGUUGGAACGAUCCCAAGAAAGACGAAGGUCACGUUCCCGUACAUACUCUAGUAAGCGCCAUCGGCGUUCGGAGUCGAGCGUGCGUUCUCGCUCUCGCCGACUGGAAUCAGGUGACCGACGCAGGCUAACUCGCUCUCCCACACAGACGCGAAAGGUCGAUUCUUCCCCGUCGCGCCAUCGACAGCGCUCACGGGUGGAGCGGGGAGAGCUUUCCAGCUGUUCCUGCGAUAGAAGUCGAUUCUCUAGUCGAUCCGUCGAGACUGUCGAGAGCACAGGGACGCAUUCAGCCCGUCGGCGCCGAAGUUUUUCUGCAGAGCGAUACUCGUACGUAUCGACGAAUGCAGACGCAACCAACAAUGAGGGAUUCAACUUGCAUGUUGAAAACCUUGUACGACCAAACAGUUCAGACAAUAUUACAGCAGAAGGAGGCCAUUCUCCGUCACUAAUAAUAAAUAAUGACGUUGAGUUAGGCGACGAUUUUUUGGCCAUUUUAGGAAGCGAUCCAAAGGAAUGUGGAAAGUCAACUUUCCAACUUCAUAAGGCCAUACCCUCGCGAUGGGAUCAUAUAUUGUCUAAUGGCUUAUCGGACGAGGACAAACGGGUUUUAAAUGACCGUCACAAAAUACCAGAGAAUUUACCCUUGUUAGUGCCACCUGAGGUUAACGCUGAAAUCUUGGCAAUUAUGUCAGCGCUUCAUAAAAAGAGAGAUUCUGGUUACUCGGCAAUUCAAAAUCAGAUUUCUCGUGGUCUUUCAGCUCUUGGACAGGGCCUUAAAAUAAUUCUUGAAGAGGGCAAUAAUUUUCCUAAGGAAUUAAAGGAAAAUUUGAUGACUCCUCUUUGGGAUUCGGGUAAAAUUUUAACCAAUUUAUUUUUUAGCCUAUCGCAAACUAGACGUACCUUGAUUUCUCAAACUGUAAACAGACAGGUGAAAGAUAUUAUAGAAAAAUCUGUUCCUGACACCUCCUUGUUUGGUUUGGAUUUCGGGGAAAAAAUUAAAUCUGCCCGAAUGCUGGAAAAGACAAGUAAGGACUUGCUGGCAACACCUGCCUUCACUAGAGUACCGAGUACCUCAACCAGCACUAAUAAAAAUUAUACUAGUGGCGAAAGAAGAGGAGGGAGGAGAUCAAUUCCGGAAAACCGAUAUCGCCCAGGUCGUCCAGGGAGGGGGACGAAACCUUACAAGGGCCAACAAUCCUCGAGACACGAGAAGUUCUAUUCCAGGAAAAACAAGUAAUUCCGCUCACAACACAAGAUGGCGAAGAACCUUACCCUGGUUGCAGCAAAAUUAUCUGGAAUGCAUUACUGCUGAAAAAUUACCCAGAAAAUACAUUACGAACCGUACUUCAAUCAUUAUCAGCUGGAACGCUUAAACAGUACAAUUCCACCUAUAAACUUUGGUGGGGUUUUUGCCAAAAACAUAAUCUUUCUGUUUACAAAUCCGGGGUAAGUGAAGUUCUACAGUUUCUUCAAAAUCUGUUGGACAGCCAGACUAUACAAUACGGCACCUUUAAUGCACACAGAUCUGCGCUAUCCUUAAUUUUGUCAACAGAUAUAGCUAAUGAUUUUCGGGUUAAGAGAUUCUUGAAGGGGGUAAGUAACAUUAGGCCUACUGCUCCCAGAUACAAUCAUAUAUGGGAUACUCGGCCAGUCAUAGCCCACCUCAAGAACAUGUUUCCAAAUAAUGGAUUAACUUUAAGAGAUUUGUCCAUCAAGCUUGCUUCGUUUUUAGUCUUAGUUACUGGUCAGCGAGUACAGACCAUAUCCCUCAUAAAAAUUGAAAAUAUAACCAAUUCAGUAGGAGGCUAUCAAAUUUUUAUCUCAGAUAAAAUUAAGACUUCAGGCCCUGGCAAGCUUCAACCUUGUUUACAUGUACCUUUUUUUACAGAAGAUCCAUCUUUAUGUGUUGGAUCAGUUUUAAAAUUUUACCUAGAAGCUACGGCAAAAAUAAGGAAACCAGACCAACAAAAUUUGUUUUUAGUUAGUCGACCACCUUACAAGUGUGCAUCGAAACAAACAAUUAGCAAAUGGGUCAAAGAAUUAUUGGCGCGUGCCGGCGUUAAUACAGAAGAGUUUCGCGCCCAUUCUACUAGACAUGCGUCUACGUCAGCCGCGAGAAGAAAAGGAAUUUCUUUGGAUCUCAUUCGCCAGACUGCAGGCUGGUCAGAAGAUUCCUCUACGUUUGCAAGAUUUUAUAAUCGUCCUGUUAUAGAUUCAUUUGCUUUUGCAAAAUCUGUACUUAGCUUGUAGUUUUCAUGUUUCAUGUGGUAUUUGGUUUAGAAUAUGUUUGAGUUACUUUUGAUAUAUAUGCCUUACUUAUAAUACAAUAUAUUUUCCUUAUCUUUGCAACUUGUCUUUGAACAUCUACGUGGUAAAAUAGUAUUGAUAUCGAAGGACUGGAGGUCGAACUAAAAUUAUUAGAUCAAACGAACUUACCAGUGAAGUUCGAUCCUAAUUUUAGGAGACCUCCAGUCCGAAGAUAUCAAUUCCCUCCCAUCCCAAUAUUUUUCAGUUUCCCCAGAGGUGUUGCAAAGAUUAUAAUUUAAACAAAAUGACGCGAUGGCGGAUGGAGAUGGCCAACGGCAGCGAAGAGCAGGAGUGGACAGGACCGGCUUCUUUAAACUUAGUGGGUAAUACAGGCGACAAAUGUCUACUACGUGGUAAAAUAGUAUUGAUAUCUUCGGACUGGAGGUCUCCUAAAAUUAGGAUCGAACUUCACUGGUAAGUUCGUUUGAUCUAAUAAUUUUCAAUAAUAAGAAAGUUACUGAGUGUUCCAGUUAUAAACAAACACCCAGUACCAUGCCUCGGUUUUUAAGUUUAACUGGCCUGUUUUCCUGUAUAAAACUUGAUUUUUGAUUUAUUAUACUAAAUUGAAUAAGUUGUGACUUAUGAUCAGAAAAAUCAGUCUCGAUGUUCUAGCAGAUAGCUGUUGUUCAGUUUCGUCUACACGCCCUGUAUACAGGGUGUCCCACGGUG